AUGUUUCGAAUUGGCCGCAAAUUCAAGGAUUUUUUCCUAGCUGACCCGCAAUCGGCGAAGCCUAGCCGCAUAGACAUUCUGGUUGGCAUGGAUGUUAUGGACCGAUUUAUCUGCACUGAGCUUCGUAAAGGUCCAACUGGUGCUCCUAUGGCUCAGAGAACAGUUUUUGGGUGGACUUUGUUCGGAAGUGUCGACAGUUGUGCUUCACUCGCGCUGCGUUUACCGUCACUGCAUUGCGACGUUCAUCUGGACCGAGCGCUCGCUAAAUUGUGGGAGCUGGAAGAGUUGCCGCAAAAAACGCAUCUAACGCUCGAAGAAUGCUUCUGUGAAAGUCACUUCGAUUCCACGCACAAAAGAACGCCUGACGGUCGCUUUGUCGUUGAGUUACUUCUAAAACCUAACGUAUCAUUGGGCGAGUCACGCAACUUCGCGAUUCGCAACCUGUUACGCAUCGAACGAAGGCUCGCAGGUAACUACGAUUUUCGCUUAUGUUACAAUGAGUUCAUGCAAGGACUUAUUGAAAUGGGUCACAUGGAGAUGGUAUCUGAAACAACGACCGAAGGGUAUUAUAUGCCGCAUCACCCAAUAAUAAAGGAGUCCAGUGUAACGACCAAGCUGCGGGUUGUUUUCAACGCGUCCGCCAAAACUACCACAGGGAAUUCGCUAAAUGACGCAUUGUUUGUCGGGCCUCAACUGCAACAAGAUCUAUACUUAAUGUGA